AUGAACGCCAAAGAACAAGCAGGAUGCUCGAAAGACUUCGAAAAGGACCUCUCGGAACUGCAGUAAUAUUUAAUUGCUUUUGUUUGAGUUUUAAGCAACUUUCAGAUCUAUCGAUGUAGGAGAACGAGAUGAAAUUGUCAAAAUGUGGCGUCACUUAGACGAAACCUUAGAGGAUAAGGCGAAGUCACUCAAUCUUAAUACACUGAAUGUGAAAUCAAUUUUGUUUGUGCGUUUCUUCCAAUAUUUCCUGGAAAUUUUUAAAAGUCUUGCAGCACCUCAUUAAAAACCCACAAGUGAUACCUGUGAUUUUGGGACUGGAAGAUGCUUCCGCACACGAUAUUCCAGAAGUGAAGCUCACGCGCUCAAAGACGAAGAAAUCUCUGGGAGAAGCAGAUGAAGUUCAGCCUGUGAUCAGGACUGUCAGGACGUUCCUGGGCGUCAAUUAUGACAACGACGACGAGGAUGACGACUAUCGACCUGAAGAGGACAACGACCAGAAUCAAGUUUUUUUCCAGAUCAACAGAAUUGGAAGAAAUUGUGUUAUAGAGCGAUCUGGAGAGCGAAGAUUUAGAAGAAUAUGUAGAAGAAGAGGAAGAAGAAGACGUGGAACCGAAGCCCGGCUGUUCGACAGAAGAUCCUUUCGCUUCUUUGGAUGAGGAGCCGGAGGUUCAUCUUUUGAAGGAUCCUCUCAUGAUUCUCCUCACUUCAGCUCGACGAUUACCAAUUCCGAAGCCGUCAUCGAAAUCUGAACGAUUCGUUAGUGCGCGAAGAGACGUGCUCCAUCGAACAGCUGGACGAUGGAGACUUGGACGAGGAAUGUGAAUUGAUGACCACUGCCAAUCCUGAGUAUUUGGACUUCAUCUACUCGAUCAACCAAGCAAAUGCAAAUGGUGAAUUGAAUGCUGUUAACACGAUAAAAGUUCAAAACGAAACCCAAAAAGGGAUAUAUAAAAUGAAUCUUUGAAAAGAAUUUCCUAGUGCUUGUGAUACCUUUAUUUUGAAAAAGUUUUUGCAGAAGAUCAAAAUGAAGCCCAACAUGGUCUUUUUAUACUUUUGAAAGCCUCAAAAAAGCUAUUUGUAAAAAAAAGUUUCAUUUUUUCUAGGGUUUUUUUUUCAAAAUUUCAUCUCAUUUUUUGGGCGCCCUGGAUAAAGACCAUAAACGUGUUAUUUUGUAAAACUCAUAUUUUCGAGAAAGAAAAGUUCAAAAUGGUCUAUAUCAUAGAUUUUAAUGAAUUACUUUGAUUUUUAGGGCCUUUCCUAUCGAAAUUUAAGAAUUUGGGGAAUUCGAAAAUGUUUCUAGUAUUCUCAACGUAUAUUGGAUUUCACAGGAAAUUCGUUAAGCUCGAAGAAAAAAGCCUUCACAACUUUUACAACAGGAACUUCAGGAAAAAAGAGACUUAACAUAAAAAAUUGCACCAAGUAGUUGAGAAAGAACAUACUUGGCUCAAUUUUUUCGAGUUUGGUGACAUGAUUGAAAUAAGUCGUCUUUCCAGUGAAUUCUAAACUUUUUUGCUGUUUCAGAUCUGGCGGUUCAAGUGGAUGACGACGACCUUGAAGAUGAGGAGUACAACGUUUUGGACGAUAUUCUCGACGUCGAACGCGAGGAUUCUGAUGAGAUUCGCGGCGGACGAGCCACUGAGAUUCCCAGUAGAGCCACCUCGAUCUUCUAUGGAUUCUACUGAACUUUUCAGAAAGAGAAGUUGUCGGCCUUCUAUACGACAUGCUGUCAGUUAACAAGCACGGGGCGCCUGUCACUGGAGAUCCUGAUAUCGAGGUUUUCUUUCUAAAUAAUCAAGAUCUUAUAUUUUUAUCUUCAGGAAGAAUCACCUGUGACCAGCCCUGUGAGAGUGAGAGAAAAUGUUCUGGAGAAAACGAGUCAAUUCAAGAUUGUUUUGAAAAAAACGCUUCUUAAGAAAUUUUCGAGUUUUCAGGAUGAGAAAGUUGUUCGAAGGAUGCAUGAGACGGCUCCCGGCGAAUCGUGCAGCCUUUUGAAGCGUCAGUUUUUGAGAAUACUCGUUUCCGAAUGUUCCUUGGCGAACCGUUUAGAAGGCUUUAAUUACCUGGAAGAACGCGGAAAAGCUUUUUUUUUUUGCCUUGACAAAAUAUUUGAAUUCAUUUGUGCUUCCUGAUAAUUCUGAUCAGAAAAAAGUAAUUCAAUCCCCUCAAUUAAGGCGAUAGUUCCCCAAAAACGAAAAAAAGAAACUACACCAAAAAGUUUAAAAAAAAAGCUUUUUGCAGACAUUAAAAGUUUAUUGUUGGAUUUUUGAUCAAGAAGGGUAAAAAAAUUCGGUAAAAAAAUAUUUUUUUCAAACAGUCGAAAAAUAGAAGCCCAACCUUUUUUUUCAUAUAAUCUUAGAGAUUCUCGCACCUUUUUAGGAAUAUUUAAUGCAUUUCCUGUCCUCAAUCUUACAGCUUUUAGAAGAACUUCUCAACUUUUCUUAUUUUAUAAAUACAGCUGGCCUUGUAACUUUCCGGCCUUGCGAACUGAAGGAGUUGCGAUCUCAGCUUCAGCAGCACGUUCAGCUUCUGACUCAGGUUUCAAAAAAAAAAGUCAUUUUUUUUGACGAAAAUCCUUGAAGACCGUCGUUCUCUGCUACCACGACUCGAAUCUUCAGGGGACUCGGAACUCUUCCCAGCUGAUGAUCGUGAGUUUUUGAUAAAUCGUGGGGGUCUUCCGAGUAGGUACUUUAGGGGAGAAGCUUAAGUGGGCUCAUUUUAACCUUUUUCGCGAGUUAUGGGUACUUGUGAUUUGUAGAAACCUUGCAAAAACACGAGAACAUUUUUGAGUUUUCGUUUUGCUCAAACUUCUUAUGGAUUGUCCUGUCCUACACUCAAUUUUAGGCAUUUCUGUGUUUUUAUUUCCAUCCAGUUUAGCUGCCAAAAGAUCUGAAAGGCUGAACAAUUGAAAAUUUUAAUUGUCUAAAUAAUAAUUUCAAUGAUAAAUGAUGUUGAUUUUGAUAAAAUCAUCUUGUUUUCACAAGAAAGUUCAUCCCGGUAUUUUCUAAGUUUGAUAUUAUUUGUUUCCUCAUUGGUAUGAAAAGUUCAAUAUCAUACAUGGGCAGGCCAUCUUUUUUUGGCAUCCCAAGGUUUCCUGGAUUAAAGUUGAUACCACCUCGAGGCUGAAACUUGUAAUAUUGUAGCCAAAAGUACCUGCCUGAGGUUGAAAUUGGAUCUGAUUUUUCUCAGUUCUUGCGAGCCAAUCCCUCCUCCCGGGCUGAACGAGUUCUGUAUUCGCCUAUCUAUGCUCAAUAUCUUCAGAACGAACUGGAAUCAAAAUUUUGGGAGCAAGCGGCUCGGCUCGAAAAUGCCUCGCUGAGCCCCACUCUUUUCAACAUCCCCAAUCUGGAGGCUGCCAUCAAAACAUGUCAUGACGUCAUCAAAAUGACGCAGGUCAAUGAAGAAGACGUCAAGUGGAGCGAAGCUCUGGAUGCUCCAGGUUUGUCGAGAAAUAGUUGAUCAGAUGGUUUUCCAUCAGUUUAUCAAUUUAUAACUUUCAUUUGAAACAAAGCUCCCGAAAAAAGGUACAGUUUGGCUAUAAAGAAAGUCUUGAGGGCGUGAGAAAUUUGUCGAAUCUAUUAGUGAACGAUUUUUCGUGAUAAUCUAGGCUAGUUUCAUCAUCCUUCCAGUAAUUAGCUCAACUUUGAGCCCUGUAACUUUUUCGCCGAGGUUGAGAAUAAGCGUAAAAACUUUAUCCUGGUGAUUGUAGUUAAUAUCAGAAGCUUCUCACCGAGCUGAGAAAAUGGUCUCUAUAGGAGCCACUUCAGUUAUUUCAUAAUUCUCUGAGAAUUGGUUCCAAUAAGCCUGUUCAGCUGGUCAAUGUCCCCGGCCUGAAGUUGUGGCCGUUUUGUCCCGAAGUGCCGCCAUCAUUUAUCCGCACCUCAUUCCCAAAGUUCAAUCUCACGUCUUCGACAAGCCCCUAGCGGGUUUCCUCAAAUCUGAGAAUCUCAUGCUCCUCGUUUCCCUUCUCCAGUUUGCACACCUGCCUAGGCGAGCUUCCAAAAAAGUCAUCGACAGGUAAAAGGACGCAAACUUGACAGAAUCAUCUCAUAUCUUCAGGUACACGAGAAUGUCCGAAAAUUGUCUGCCAUCAAGGUCAGGAACUCGGAUCCGAAUCCAUAUGAAAGUCAGAUUUUUUGUUGAACUUUUUGAGGUGAAACGAUAUUUUUCAGACGAUGCGCUGUACCAAAGACUCGAGUUUGCCGAUUCAUGAAAUGAUCGCAGUUUGUUUUGAUGUUUAAGCUUGAGCGAAGACUUAAAGCUUUUUUUAAAUAUAUUUCUGAUAGGAAAAAGUAGUAAUUUGAAAAAAAUAAAUCUUGAGAAUGAAAGUUGAACAACGUGUUGCUGAAAUUUCAUGCUUUUUUUCAAAUUUUUUUAUGUUAAAGCAAAGCGAAAAAAAUAUUUUUUUAACCCCAUUUUUGAAAAAAACUGACAAACGAUUCAAUUUCUUUAUCUUCUCAGCUUCCUAUGACGUCAUGAAAUGUAUUACUUUUUUUGUUUUUCGAUUUUUUUGAGUUUUUUUAAAGGUUGAAUUUUUCAGAAAGCGGAACAAGGAAUGUGUACAUUGGCUUUCCAGCCGACGGAAUUCACCGUUCAAAAUUCGCCCAUGAAUAAUUGGCCAGAAGACUUGAAGCCAAGGUGGCUAAAGGUGACUUGAGUCCUGACUUUUCGAGACUUCAUGCUCCAUUUUUCCAGCAUUUCUCGAGAUACUUUGUUUUUGUCUCUCCUCAUGUCCUGCGUCGACUCAAAAAGCCUGUGAUAGGUAAAUUUGGAGUAAAAAAUAGGAAUAAUUUGAAUAUUUCGGAUGUGAACUACGGCGACACCCCCAUAAAUAGCCUUGUCCGAAUGACAACUGUCAACGGCUCUCAGGCCGUCGUCAUCGACACUGGGAAGAUGCUCAACUUGCUUUCCGUCAUCUAUCCGUCCAUCAUUCAAGUUCCACCUCAGGUAAGCCCGAUUUUUCUUUUAGAAAAAUGAUCUUUGUGAAUUAAAAGAAUGGUUUAUUCAUAAAAAAAAACGUCUUGAGAGUCUUUCCUAGCGUGGUUUUUUUCCUGGUUUUUUUGACUAUGAUCUUUCAUUCUCAUUAACAAAUAUUGAAUGGUACUUGAAAUUUUUCUCGGGAAAACAGAAAUUUGCAAUUUUUUCGGAAAAAAAGAAAUUUUCGAAUAUUACUUGACCAAAGGCUCUAAUUCUAAUAAGCUAGGUUUAUUCAUUCUGAAUUUUACAGAGAAUUUCCUAUAUUUUUUGGAAACUUUUAAGUUUCCCCUUUUAUCAGAAAGUUUACUUUUACGCCUUUUUAAAAUAUUUUUGCAAACGGAUACGUUCUGGAAUUUUAUUUAGUAUGUCAAAAACGUCCCAAAGUUGAGUAAAGUUACCAAAAUUUCUGAAAUAAAAAAGAAACGAAAAGUUAAGAAAAAAUAGGAAAAGUUUCCUGUUCGUUAAGGAAAAAAAAAUUUUAGCUUCAAAGCAGUGCAUAUUUUUAUCAGCAGGAAAAACUUCAUCUAGCUUCAUUCAGAAGUCCCAUUGUGAGCUGAGACCAUUCCCUGGACGAAAAUCAGAGAAAAUGUAAUUUUUUUUUUCAGUCCGGCCAGCUAGCAGCAACAGAAAAUAAGCCCGACGUUGGUCAGCAGCCAAUAGAAGAUGAAGUCAAACCCUCAACUCCUCCUGUCACUUCGGUCGCUGAGAGUUUCGCUCUGGCACAAGCCGAACUGAUUUCCAACGACCUCUUGCCUUCCUUUUCAACCGAAAUUCAGACGGAGGUUGUUCCAUUCAACCUCAGAAGGAUCAAAACUUGUUCAGACGACUCGAACGUCGUCUCCCACUGGUUCUGGAUACGUUUCGCCGGACUUCGGAAACCAGUCAGUUGUGGAAGAAAGGAACAGGUCUCCAGUGUCGCCAGAUAGUUCCGGAAAUAGUAGUAUCUUUGUGAGUCUGAAUUUUUUGAAAAGGCUUUAUUCGUGAAUUUUCCUGCAGGUUUUUGUUAAAUUUGGGGAACUUGAAUCAAGGAUAGGAUUUUAUUUUUCUUGAUUCGAAAUUUUUAUCUCAACGUCUUUUAGAAAUUUUUUUCUUGCAUCAAGGCGUUGACAGAAAAAUUUUGAGAUGAAAUCCGAGUUUAUUCAAAAAUGUUUCACUUCGAAAUCUUAUAGAGCGUUAUGAUCGCUCGAAAUUAAAGUUUUUUGAGAACUCAUUCUUAUUUUUUUGCAGUAUCUGGUUUGUUUAUAGAGAUUAAGAGAACCUCUUGCUUUUGAAAAUUUUUGAGCUUCUCAUGAUUAAUUUUUGCCUUUAGUCGCCCCUAUAGUUCUUUCUAAGAACCUAGAAGCUUCUGAAAGCUUUUACGUGGGCUUUGGAAACCCAAAGCUUUUAAAGAUCAUUCCAACUUUUUUUUUCAUUAUUUUUAAAGAAAAAAUGCGUCUCACUUGUGAAAUCAGUGCGUUACACAUAAUUUCGAGAAAUUAGUUUUCUCAAUUUUUUCUUUUCAGAUCCCCGAAACGCCCGGCAAACGACCUUUAUCUCAGCUCGAAACUUCGUUCAUUGAGUACGGCGAAGAUUCGCAAAGCAAUUACUACGAUCCAAUGAACCACCAGCUUAGUAAUGAAAGUGUGAGUUUUUGAUGGUCCACAACUUGAAAUUCCACCGAACGACACUCCGCUGUUCCGCUGCGUGCGGUCGCGAAGCGUUUUUGCCUUUGCGAAUCUCGGUCGCACUUUUUUUUUCUUCUAUUCUAGAACUCGACAUUCACGUGCUUACAGUAGAGCAGUCUAUCCACGAGCAACGAAAACAAAUUUAAAGCGCGACCAAGAUUCGCAAAGGCCCACCGACUAUAACAACUCACAGGAAGUUUACCAAAAGAUUCUAGCUCUAAUGAGCUGAAAUCUUAUUUUGGAAGCUUGUUUUUAAUGCAAAUACAGAACGAGAGUUGGGGUUUCUUCUCAAAAAGUGAAAAAUAAUUUGUAGACCCGGAUUCCGCCGACUCCACGAACGUAUUGCGAUGAGAACAGUACUUCUUUUAUCGGCGACUGUUCUCGAUAUUCUCUCUCAGAUUAUUUGGUUUGAAAGUUCAUAAGUUCCAUAUAAAAACUGAAACGUUCUAGGAGGAUUAUUAUAAGCGAAACACGAGUUUCCAACCGCCAUCCGCUGAAAAGGUAAUCAGAAUAGUUUUGACAACCAGCUGAGACUUUUUCUAGGUCCGAACUCGAGCCGCAGAUGAAGACAUCGAAUGCGCCUUGUUCUUCGAACCUCCUUCAGUUGACGACCGACUUUCGCAGCGUAGCAGGAAAAGGUCGCGAAUUGAAAAGGUGACUAUUUUGAAGUGGGUUGGAGAGUUGGAGUAGAAAGACGUUCUUGUCUCCUUUUUUUCCCAAAUUAUUCAUAAUUUCUUACCUGGGAUAGGGCUAUACCUGGACUUUCAGAGCUCAUAAUGAUUAUUUUCGAAUUUUCCAGGAAGACAUGGGCGCGGCAGGAAUGGUCAACGUGGAGUAUCGCUACUGGCAAACGAUGCAAAUCGCCAAGAAGAUCGCCCAGGACGUGAGAAGUCGCAUGUUUAUGCACCAGGAGAUGUGGACCAGCAUGCAGUUGAUCAUGGCCGACGGAGGUAUCACCGAAGAAAAGGUUUAAAGAAAUAUAUGCCCUCCUAAAGCCCUUUUGCUGCGACUUGAAACGGCCUGACUUCUCUGCGGCCUCUCCGUCUCUCGGCGGCCCUCUCGUCUUAACGUACUGUUUUAUUUUUCUCUGACUUCGCCGGGGAGGGAACGGAGAGACGCAGACAGACAGAAAGUUUCAAUUCGCGCCGAACGGGGUAUAAUUGAGCCAACAUUUGAAUAAAAUAAACGAGGACCAAAUUUUUUAUACAGAACGCGAAGUCUUUCCGCAGGCGGUCAGAUAUUUUCCUCUUGAAAUUAUGAAAAGUUUUUUUAGCAACUACACCUAGGGACGGUACUUCCUUCUUGAAACAAAAAAACACAAUGAAAAAAAAAAUUCAGAUUUUUUUAGAAAGGAAAAAAUAAUGAUUAAUUGAGUGUAGGUGGGGUAAAGAUAAAAAUGUGACCAGAAGUGAACUCAAAAAUUUUUUUUUGAUGGAGUGAGUCUGAUUUUAGUUAUUCAGUUCGAAAAAUCCAAGAAAGUCUUUUUCAUGAAAUUAAAGUUUCUUGAAAGUGGUUCUGUUGUUGAUAAGUCUGAUAAGUUUUCAUAGUGUUUUUUGAGUUCCAACUUGGAUCUUUCCAGAGAGUAGAACUCCUGGAACAGGUGCUCUCGUCUCUUCCCGACGUCUUCGUCCUGGUUUCAGCGUUCCUUCCAGAAAAACUGCUACCGGCACACGUUAUUUCGGAGCCGCGAAGAGUUGCCUUCAAAAAUGCGCUCGACAUGAUGAUGUCCAUAGAAGUUUGAAUAAUCGUCCGUUCUUUAAAAAAAAAUAAACUGUCAGGCUUACAUGACAGCGGCGAAGCUGAAGCAGCCCAACGCUAGACAGAUGUUUCGUAUGAUCGCUACUUUAGGUAAAACAAGCUCUCAGAAACCUUUAGGGAUGUUUUGCUCAGGAGAUGAAAAUUUGAACUUAACGGAGGCUCGGCAACGAAUGUUCGAGCUUCUGGGUAACGAAAGGCCGCUCUGGAAUAGAAUCGAGAAGUAUUUCCACUCAUCGCCUUACAACCGGCCGUUAGUUUGAUCUUUUUCUCUCCAAAUAACGGAUCUUGCAACUAAAUCGAACAUUAUUCUUGAAUCCCUUCAUUUUUAUAAGAUUUGUAAUAUUCUAAGUCUACCAGAACGUAUUAAGGAAUUCUAGAGUGGUCCCUAUAAAGGCAACUUUAGGGGCCUUGAAGGUUCCCCUCUAGUGACUGCUUUACUUCCUCUUAUGGGGGUUCAGUUAGUGGGCCCUUUAGGAGAGUAGGCUGUCGUUUAUUUUUAUCUGAACAAAAAAAAAUUUACAGACCCUAUAGGGACCACUUGAGCUUCAGGGGUUCCUUGAUUAGUCCCUAUAGGGACCAUCCAAAUUUUAUGCACUUUUUUGUUCCCUAUGGGGGUUUUUAGACCGAACUUGAAAAGCUUAGAGUCUAUUUUGAACUAAUCUCAUCAAUUUCUUCUUUUCAGAUGCAAAUCUUCGGAUUUCGAGUUCAUCGACCUGACUUUGAACGAAACUUUUUCAGCGGUUUAUAUGAGAAUAAUGUUUUGAAAAUAAUUUCCAUUUUAGGAGGAUUUCAUGAUGGAGAAAAUUGACGACAUCGACGCUGUUUUGGGCGCGACAAAAGUGAAGAGCAAGGGACCUUUACACGUUUAUCGCGGUCAUUUGAUGGCUACACACAAAGGAUCUGUAGUUCCUGUUGAUGUGUCUUCGGAAUCGAAACCAGAACCUGCGGUGAGUUUUUCCAGCUUGAAAUGAAACAAUAGACGUUGAAAAGCUUCAGACAUUUUUCGAUAGGCAAAGAAAAGCUUCAAGAUUUUAUACAAAGGAGAAUCAAGCGUUAAAAAUUGUGUUCUAAAUCAGAAAAAUGAGUAUGGACCCACGUCUGAAACUUCCUAAGAAUAGGGUCAGAUCUUAUUCCAAUGAAAAAAAAUUAGUCUUUUCUCGUUUAUUCUUUAGUUUACAGAGUUAUAAUGCGUAGAAAUAGGUAUGCUUUCCUUUUAGGGAAUGCUUUUAGCGUCUUUUUAAAAAAUUAAUUUUUUGAGUUGGAUCCAGAAUAUUCAAUGAGUCAAGCUAGUUUUUCAACAAGCUGUAUAUUUUUUAAAAUCUAAGUAUGAGCGAUCGAAUUUAAAUUUUUUUGUUAUGACAAGAAAAAAAAGAAACUUUAAAAUUAUCCUGUGAUUUUGGAUAACUACUAGGCCAUUAUCAGAAAAAAAACUCAUUUUCUCAAAAUGACCUUACUAAAAAAAUUCACUUGCUCAAUUGAUCUCACUUUUGAAUGUCUGUCACCUCUUUUCUUUCAUCUGCUCGGUCAUUAGAGUGUGAAAAAAACACCUAAAUAUAUUUUUACUGAGAAAUCAAAAGGGGACAGACAUGUCGUAGUGAAUAGUAUAUUAACUAUUCAAAAGUUAUAUCGUAAUACGUUCAAAUAUUCCUUGAAUAGGCGUGGACUCGCGAGAUGGACGCCCUCCUUCUGAUGACGUUCAAGGACAACGAGUCGAUGGAAGAAGAAGACGUGGCGGCGGCGGUUUUGCCCAAACUUCCCUUCAAGUAUCACGAAAUCCUCGAACGGCUCAAAUAUUUGUUAUCUUUCUUCUAA